AUGGAAAGACCACGAUUACUAAUGAAUGUUAAACCUUUACCUAAUAUACUCCAUGAGCCAGAACCUGUAGAAGUUAUAUCUACUGGAAAAAUGCGAAUUCCAGGCAUUAUUGAGAAAGAGUUCACUGCAGGAACCUUAAAAGAUUUGGGUCCUAUAGGGUGUGGAAGUUUUGGAACAGUUUCGAAAAUGCUGUAUCUUGAUGCAGAAAUAGAAAUGGCGGUGAAGAGAAUCAGAUGUCAAAAUAUACCUCCUAAAGAUCAACAACGUCUAUUAUUGGAACAAAGUAUAAUAAUGAACAGUUCUUCUCCUAAUAUUGUUCAAUUCUAUGGAGUUAUCUUUCAUGAGGGUGAUUGUUGGAUUUGUAUGGAACUCAUGACUAUAUCAUUAGAUAGAUUAUAUCGUUAUGUAUAUGAUGAAAAACACGAGUAUUUAAGUGUAAAUAUAAUUGGACAUAUAGCAAUCUCGAUGAUUGAUGCUUUACAAUAUUUAAAAACUCAUUUAAAAAUAAUGCAUAGAGAUGUAAAACCAUCCAAUGUCUUGAUUAGUGACAAUGGCGAAGUAAAACUAUGUGAUUUUGGCAUUUGCGGUGAAUUGAAAGAUUCUAUUGUGCGAACACAUGAUAUUGGCUGUCAACCCUAUUUAUCGCCGGAACGAUUAACAAAACAAGAAGCGGGUUAUGGUGUAGGAAGCGAUGUAUGGUCCUUGGGAAUCACUAUUCUAGAAAUAACAAUUGGCAAAUUCCCAUACCCUGAAUGGACAUCACCUUUUGAACAACUCGAUUUCGUAGUACAUGGAGAUCCACCUGUUUUACCUUUCUCAGAGAAUAGAAACUAUUCAGUAUCUCUAAGUAAUUUUAUUAAUGCUUGUUUAACCAAAGAACUGCAGGAGCGACCAACCUAUCAAGAGUUGAUGACUAAAGAAUUCUAUAUACAAAACACUGAUUGUGAUGGUGAAACCCGUGAUCAACUAGUAGCGUAUGCUCGAGAGGCUCUCGACUUCGCAAGCAAUAUGUGA